GAGUGUGAUGGCGUGCUGAGCCGAAUGAAUUAUUCAAUCAGUUCAAUUAUUGUGUAAGCAAGCAUCAGUACAUGAAGCUACGUCCAGCAUUGGCGGCAUCUUUUAUGCUUUUGUAUAAUUAAGUUAAUGUGACGUUGGGAAUCUUAAACAUUUUAAUGCUUAUUUUCGUAAUUCCGUGUAUUGUUUUGUUGUGCAUGUAUGGGAUUGUCAGCAAGUGAAUUGUCCAGGAAGUUUAGUUCUAUUAUUCAUUGAAAACUUGUGUGUAACAUUGAAAAAUGGAGGGUUCAACAGAAACCAUUGUAACUCCAAAAAAGACGAGAAAGACUCGUUCCACAUCAGCAAAUGAAGAUGUUGUUGAAAAUAAAACAAAUUAUGAGCCGGAAUCGGUUAUCCCGAAUGGUAAAGGUAAAACAAACGGAGAGGAAUCUGGAGAAGACGAGAGUAGGCCUAAAACUGAAGUAAAAUCCAACAAAAUAAUUAAGAUUUCCAAGUCUACUAAGACAUCAGUGAAAGACACAGCUAAGACUACAGCAAGUCCUAAUAAAAAUAAACCUGAUAAACGACCUGAAGAAAGCAGUCCUUCUAGUUCAUUGCUGUCCGAAGAUUUUUGUGGGUUUGAAGAAUUCACUGAAUCAGAUGAACAGCUAAAAAAUAAAAGGGCUUUACAAAGAUUGCUCGACAGUCUAGAAGAUGUAGAAGAGAAAGAGAAGAAGACUGAAGACGAAUCGGAAGAGGAAGCAAUGACAGCGGAGGACGCAGAUGCUGCAGACUCAGACUCGAAUCAGAUGGAAAUAGACGAAGGCAACUCUCUUGCUGACUCAGUCGAGUUUAGUGACAAAAAUGCCAAAAAGGUAAAAGAUUCUGACAGAGAAGUUAUGGAAACAGACUCAGUGAAAAAUGUGGAGGGUUCUCCUGAAAAGCCCGAAGGGGAUGCAAAACCAGCUGAAGAACCAACUACGGAACUAGCAGCUGCAGAGUCAGGUGAUCAGCUGAAAGUGGAGUACUGUGGAACUUGCAACCUUGUUGUGGACGAUGCAGAAGAGGGCAUCUGUUGUGACGGCAAGUGUGAGCGUUGGUUCCAUCUGCAGUGUUCUGGCCUUACACAGGCUGAGUACGAUGAACUGAGUCAUGACGAGAACGCCAAGUGGGCAUGUAAUAGAUGUUCAGGAAAGCCACCACCUGAAAUAAAACCAGGAGCUAAACCUCUUCUUACUGUUCGCAAAGAUCUGACCGCAGUGUCGACUCCUUCGCCAAAACGAAAAAUUACAACUAAAGAAGAUAAACGUCCAAGAGUAGACAUAUCAAAUCCUAUCUUUCUCAAACCUUUUGACUAUGGUUGGAAGAGAGAAUUAGUCUUCCGCAGCACUAGUGAUAGUGCCACUAAAAAACAGGGUGAUGUUUAUUACUACACACCUAAAGGGAAGAAACUUAGAUCCCUAAGAGAAAUUGGAGAACAUUUGAUAGGAACUGACCUCUCCAUCGAUAACUUUACGUUUUGGAAGGACGCACUGGGAUGUGACCCUGAGAAGGAAAUAAUCCGGGACGCCAAAAUUAAGUUAAACAAAGACAAGGACUCGAAUGCCUCGCCAGUACCAACAGUGAAGAAACCAGCACCUCCAAAGACACCUAAAACUCCCAAGACAACACCGAAACUGACGGCAACAGUGACGCCCCUAGACAGCGCCAGCGGACUGCCUGUGGUGGCCAAGGUGUCAGCCAGCGUUACGCCGAGAGUAGUGCUGAAAGCGGGGAAAACUGGCAGCCUCAACACUGGGCCAAAGUUUAAGGCCACUCCUAACAAGACCAACACUCCUGUCCAGCCAAACAAGAUAGUCAUCAAUAAAGAAAAAAAGAAGAAGCCAGACAGCGAUGAUGAUAUGGAAAUGGGAAUGCUCCCUCCGACGUGGGAUCCUGUGCAGAAACCCAAAGAAAACAAGAUCCGGCAGAUGGACGUCUGCUCCAUACGUUGUCUGCCAGCCAUGGGACUGAUCCCUACGCUUCAGUGCAUCGUCUGCUUGUGUCUGUAUCAUCCAGAGUGUGUAGGUCUAGGAGAGACAGGCCAGACAACCAUUCACAACUACAAGUGUAAAAAUUGCCAAUUGGAGAAGCCCAAACCAGCUGCUGGAAACAAUCAGAAAAGCGCUCAAUUGCUUCCCCCCCCUCCGCCCCUUACACCGGCGCUGAGUUCCAUUAAUACUUCUACAGUACCCAUGUCUCACAUGAUGGUUCCCGCAAAGAACUCUCUUCAACGAAUCAUGGAUAAUAAACUCAAUAGAAAUGUGGAAGGUCCGAGGAACAGGACACCGGUUACAAAAUCUACUUCGAUUGUCGGUGGAGUCACCACGUGGUUACCUCCUUCCUCGACUAUUCAGCUCCGUUCACCCACCCUAGCCACUAAGUCUUCUCCCUCACAGAAAGCUCUCCUCCCCUCCACCACCUCUCACGACCCCCCAUCGGGUCAGCCGGUUCAGUCUGUGUUAACCACCGGGACACAUCGCUUUAUCGUAGUUCCUAAACACAACGUGUUGUCUGUCUCUCCCGCUACCACUUCGUCAACUCAGGUUUCAGACAGUGUCAGCACACAAGUCACCACAACCACCUCAGAUGCAGGCUCCGGCGUAGCCACUCAAGCCUACGGACCCGGAGGUCCUAUUCUACCCAAACCCCAAGUCUCUACCCCGGCUUUCAUCCUCGGAUCUCCUACUACCACCACUAGUGGUUUCCAAAGUCCUCCCGGGGUUCUGCUAGUCCCUUACAUCGCCCCCCAGACCUCCCCCACACAGAAGGAAGGCCAACAACCCCAGUAUAUCGUUGUAAAUGGCCCCUCGGGGCUGCAGCCCGGCAAUUUCAUUAUCGGCAACAUUCCACAACAGCAGCAGCUCAAGCUGGCGUCAGUCCCAACCUCUCAACCUGCCGACCUGCCUACACUAACUCCAGUCAAGAGAGCUCUGGAGGAGGCGGAGGGUCCUCCCCCUGCCAAGCAGGCACGUCUGUCGUCUGCACCUGCACCUGCACCUGCGCCUAACAUGGAGCUGCUCAUGUCCCAAGCCUGUGGCAUGUACGACUGUCUACUGCAAGUGUUCCAGUACCUCAAGGUGCAGGAGGUGCUGCGUGCCAGCCGAGUGUGCAGAAUGUGGCGUGACCUCGCCCUGCACAAGAGUUUGUGGGAGGUGGUAAGGAUGAAGAACUCUCAGGUGAAGGACUGGGAAGGGUUUGCAGCAACGUUACGUCGCACCGGGACUCGUCACCUAGACCUGCGCAAGAUGCUGAUGCCAGACAAGCAGGAAGCACUGAGAGCUGUGUGGGCAGACUGCAUCAAGGCUCUCAGCAAGGUCAACACCCUGGUUAAGCUAGACAUGUGCCGCUGUACUGGUGGUUGGCUGGAACAAAUCAUAGCUGUGUGUCCUCAAAUAGAGUACAUUUCUGCCGGAGCAAUCAAGAGCAGUUCAUUGAACCUUACCUCAUUGAAAAACUGUCAAAACCUAACAGAAUUAAGACUGAAGAGUCUGAGUGGCAUGGAAGUAAAUAACAUUGACGUACUUGAAAACCUCACCAAAUUAAAAAAUGUGUCUUUAACAUCAGUGAAAAAUAUGACAAAGGUGCUUGAAGUGGUACCAAAACUCACAAAUCUGGAAGUUCUGGAGUUGGGGGAGAUGACAAACCUUUCCAAUGAGGCUGUGACAGAGGCCUUCUCCAAGCUAACCAAACUUCGAAGGCUCAGGCUGGAAAAGGGAGGUGAGGGUUGUCCUACAGACAUCAUACUGGAGACCAUCAGUCAACUGCCCAGUCUUGUACAACUGGAGCUCAUCAACUUUGAUGUUAAAGCUGGAUUCGAUGAAGCGCUGGGCCGCUGUACAAACAUCAAAGUAUUACUUAUCAUUCCUACGUAUGUCACACAGUCUGCGACUACCAACCAUCUGGUGAUAGAGGGUGUGAGCAAACUAAGCAAGUCAUUGGUUCACUUUGUCUGGGGACUGACUUUGGAGCUGCUCAGAGUUACAGACCUCUUCAUCGACCAAUGGGAAAUGAACAAGAACACGGGGCCCAAGAGUCCAAAUCAAGCACCCAAGAAAUCUGCUGGAGACAGCAUUCCGAUCCUGAAGCCUUCAACAAAAGACGGGAAGAAGGUGAAGGAAGGUGCGGUGACGCAAGUUGAUGUUCUUCAACUCCCUAAAUUGCACAAAGUCCUGACGACGUUGUUACCCAACACAAGAAUAAUCAUCCUGAAAGUUCCGUUCAGUGCAACGUGGAGACAAACCAUCUCCGGCUCCACGCAGUAACACAGAACAAACCAGACACAAUGACUGAAAGUUUUGUCGUUUUGUAUAAAAUUUAUUUUUUCAUGUGUUAUUUUUUAAGUGACUGAUUCCAAAGUGAGUCGUAGUGACAAAAAACAAUGGUGUUAACUAUUAUGGUUGCACAGUGAAAACCUCAUUAAUAUACUAUGUAUAUAUUGACUCCAGUUGAUUUCAAUAAUCUAGUUUAGAUUGUUGGUAAAGUGCUGCAACGAUAACAGUCAAAUGUCUCUUCGACAUUUUUGAUUGGUAUUUGGCUGUGGUAUGAUUCGCACUAAGAUUCCGUAGUAAGACACACAAGGGUAGUAUCUGUUCUCUUUCUAUGUCAAUUGUCGUAAGGGCAAUUAUUCAAGAUGCAACUUUGACAACAAUCAAUACUGUGUUGGAUAAGAGAUACUAUUAAAUCACCCUUGUAUUAAGUUUAUAAUUCCAUUUAGUGUUUUUUUUUUCUCUUAUCAAUGUUACAAAAAUCAUUUUAGUAACAUAACUUUCCGUUCUAGUGUUAUUUUACAGUGUAGUAAGUUUAAAGAUUGAUGCCUUUCAGUACCAGUAAGAUGCAAUUAAUUUAGUAGUAAGUUUGCAAUCGUUACGUUUUCAUCCGUUUUAAUUUUUUCAACAAUGGCUUUGAUUGUUAAAUAUAUAGUUUUUCUUAAGUGUUUUUUUUUUUCUCUUAUGAACAUUAACGUAUAUAGAAAAUAUAUUUCUAGCUUGAUAAUAAAAAAAGCUAGUUAAUCAGAUGAAAUUUGGUGGCAGUCAAAAGGUUUGAAAUUAUAAUUUUUUCAUAAAUAAAAAAAUCCAUCUCAGCACAAAUUGGGAAUAUAACUAUUCAUGCAUGGUCCGCAGUAUAUAAAAACAUGCCUAAUGAUAUAUUUAUUCGUUCUUUUUCACUACUGCGAGAUGGAUGAUAACAUGAAUCAUAGUACCAUUUUAUUUCAAAUUAACAGUCUUGCAUGAGGGCAACUGCAUUAUUAUUUGAAAUUGUAUUGGAGAAAAAUGUAAGAUGAGUUGGGAAACUAAGCUUUAUAAAAUAAGUUUAGCCUUGUAAAAAUAUUUAAAUUUAUAAAUUAGGUGUAAGUAAAAGUUUUACAAAUCACGAUCUACCACUAAAGUUAUGUACAAGUCUUAUUGGCAUUCUAUGAUGUAUUGAUAUUUAAUAUGCAUCAUCAAUAUGUAGGAGUAUAAUGAAAAGUUUAAAAUUCCUUUUUCUAUUUAACUUAUUGAGUGUUAUAACUUACCUACCGUUAAUUAUGUAUGGCUUUGCUUUAUGUGUUUCAAUAUUUAAUUUUUUCUGACAAGUUGUUCCUAUUGAGGAUAUUGGCAGUGGAUUAUGGUUAAAUGAUUUUAUAGUAAAGACUGUGAUCUUGCUAUGAAAUACAAAUACCUUCAAAUGUGUCAAAAAUCAUUAUACUUUUAAUUAAUGUCCCAUUGUGUUAGUUUAUUAAUACUUCGGAUUGACUUGUUUCAAGACACUUUUUAUGCAAAAAUAAACUGACAAAUAUUUUGCAUUAAUUCAUUACCAAGCGACUUAUAAAACUGAUUUGUUAGAUUUCACUUAUUUUGUACAAAAAUAAUGGUAUUUAAUUUGUAUAAUUAAUAUAGUUCCAUUUUGUACUAA